AUGUGUUUUGCUUUGUGCCUGGCAAUAAGGCUACAUGGCAGCAUUUUAUUGGAUACACACCACACGGGCUUGGCUGUUGCAAAAAUUUCUCUAAAGUUAUUCGUCUUGGCCAUAAGCCCAACCACCAAGCCUCUGUCCAUCCCGCCAUAUUCUCCGAUGACCCUCCAACCGCUGCAAAUUCCGACAACACCACCUAAACAGCACUACUUCCGCCGCCAUAGACCACCCAAAAUGUUCCUCUCUCUCCUCCUUAUUCUCUCCCUCUUCACCACUCCACUCCACUCAUUCCAAGGCCACUUCACCAAAUCUCUCCAUAAGAAAACCUCCCAGCAAUACUUCGAGCUCACCCACCCACUCCCCUUCGACCAACUCACUCCUUCAUGCACUCUCCCCGUCCUCCGCCACAGCUUCGCCAACACCGUCGGCGAACCACCAGUCUCCGUCCCUUACUCGCCGCCGGCCAAUUGCGCGUGGUGCCACGCUGUCAUCGAGCUCCUUGUCUCGUGCAAAGGCGAACAGUACGACCGCAUCGUCGGAGUCUGGCUCAACGGCGUCGAGCUGCUACGCACCAGCACAGCCGAGCCCACCGACGAUGGUAUCUUCUGGAAAGUUCAGAAAGACGUGAGUAGGUACAACUCUCUCCUCGUACAGUCCAAUCUCACUUUUUCCGUCAUGCUUGAAAACGUCGUUAACAACGUUUACACCGGCGUUUACCAUGUCAACGUCACUUUCCUCUAUUACCAAGCUCACGCCGUUGGCAUUUCUUCAUCUCAGCUUCCUCGGAAUCAAAACCCUAUUAGGAAAUUUGGGUUUGGUAAACUAGGUUUUGAAUCUGAGAAACCAAAUCCUAUAAUGUUGUACAAAGAAGGAAUUCACGGUGUGAAUAAUCAGAAAAACUCGUUGAAUUUGUAUAAACAACCAGCGGAUUUGAUAAUUCCAAUAUCGAGAAUUGAAGAAGAAGGGUUUUGGUUCAGAAUUGAGAGCGGAUCGGAUGUACAUUCCAAGGGAAUUCAAAUUCCUUUGAAUACAUGGAAAGCUGUGAUUGAAAUUUAUGUGUCAUUUCAUGGAGAUGAUGAGUUUUGGUAUUCAAAUCCGCCGGAUUUGUAUAUAGAAAUGAACAACUUGACCACCGGACGAGGCCACGGAGCUUACCGGGAAAUUCUAGUGGGGAUCGAUGGGUCUUUGGUUGGAUCGGUGGUGCCAUUUCCGGUUAUCUUCACCGGUGGAAUUAAUCCAUUGUUUUGGGAACCAGUGGUUUCGAUUGGGGCUUUUGAUUUACCAACCUACGACUUUGAUCUAACGCCUUUUUUGGGAAAGCUUCUUGAUGGGAAGAAUCAUCUGUUUGGGCUCGGAGUGGCUCAUAGUAUUCAAUUUUGGCUUGUUGAUGCGAAUUUACACCUAUGGUUGGAUCAUAAAUCGUCAGAGGUUCAAGCUCAAGUUGGUAGUUAUCAGACUCCAACUCUUUCGAUUGAACAUCAGUCAAGGUUCAAAGAACUUGAUGGAUCAAUUAGGAUUGAAGCGAGGAGGAAGAGUCAAGUUUCUGGGUGGGUGAAUUCGAGUCUGGGUAAUUUAACUACCCAUAUCUUGGAAGAAUUCAAGUUCAAGAACUCGAUAAAGUUCGGGAUGAAUGGUACUCAAAAAUUGGUGAAACAGAAGGUGAAGGUACAGAGAGAAGUGAGGAUUGAAUCUGAAGAAGGAAACUUGAUCACUCGUUUGAUUACAAAAAGGAAAUAUCCUCUUACUGUUACCACUUCAACUCUGCCUGGAUCAGAGAGUGAUGUUUAUUCGAUGAUAACGAAUGUUGAACAUUCGUCAAGGGAGAGGAAAUCUGAUGGGAACUUAUCGAGCUCUGUAGUUAACAGUCAACAAUCCAGUGGGAGAAUGGAUGUCAAGGACCACUCUGUUAUCUCUGGUGCAGCUAGUACUCGUCAAAUCUACAAUUAUCAGGAUGAAUUUGGUUGCUACUCUCGGAUGGUUUCAGCUACCAAUGGUUGGCUUGUCGAUGACACUACCAACUCUGGUUGUGCAUCUUCCUUCUAGUUUCGUAUUGUUGUGCAACUUUCACUACAAAAGAGAACUUGUUUUGAAAACUCAUGUUAGUCUUGUUUGAAUUCAAUGAGUAUGUGCGUGUGUAUGGGUUUAUUUAUUUAUUUUU